AUGUGGCGGCACAAAUCCGUUUUCCCUAUUUUUGUCUUUGCUAGGACUGAUACACCUGCGCACACCGCCGAGCUGCGCAGCCCUCACCGAACUUCCGACACGUCGCGGUUUUUCCACCUUCAACCACCUACCAUACCUCCAAAACGCGCUCAAAUCCAAUCAAAUUCAGAGGGUGAAGUCGCCCUCGCCGUCAAAGCUAUUAGGGAGAAAAAAAUUGCCUCUAUACGCGAAGCUGCUCGUGUGCAUGGGGUCUCGGAGGCUACGAUCCGCAAUCGACUCCAAGAGGAGUCAUUAAAGCAAUGGAUUCUCGAUCUAGACCUCCGUGGAACUUCUCCCCGACAGCCUCAAGUGAAAUGGCAAAUAUAUUUGCGACCCUCUGACCCCGAGUCACCCUCAAAUUUUCCCUCUCCGACUAACGGCCUGCUAAGAGAGCGAGCCGCCAGGCACCUUCGCUUCGAACGGGUAGCAGCACGUACGAUAAUAGGCCCGGGGAAGCCUCCGACUCCCUCAAAUCCCUCUUCCGACAAAAGCGCCUGUGUGAGGCGCGAAGUUCUCACCUCCUUUGUUGUGACCAUUGACAAAUUUUUGGCUGGCCAGAAGGAUUCGGAAGGCCGGGCCUUCGCAUGUGGCUUUAGCAAGACCUUUAUCCAAUACGUGUUCACCGAACACUUUGCCGCGACUAACAACUUCGUCCCUCUCCGCGCUCGCAACGACCUUAUUCAAAGUGACCUGACUAUGACCUCUAGCUCUGCCAAGUCGAUUUCGUGGGCGGCACCAUAG